AUGGUAGCUCCUGGACUCGGAAAUAUGAUGCAAGACCUCAACAUUACCAGCAAAGUCGAAGGCCAGCUAACUAUAUCGGUCUUCGUUCUCGCAUAUGCUGUGGGUCCAAUGUUUCUGGCACCCUUAUCCGAAAUCUAUGGGCGUGUUCCCGUUCUGCAGGCGUCAAAUGCAUGGUUUUUCUGUUUCAACAUUGGUUGCGGCUUUGCCAAGACGAAGGAGCAGAUGUUUGUGUUUCGAUUUCUCAGCGGACUGGGUGGAAGUGCUCCCCUUGCUAUAGGUGGAGGGGUAGUAAGCGACUGCUUCCACGCUGAGAAAAGAGCCCAAGCAGUGAGCAUAUAUUCAUUAACUCCACUCCUGGGACCUGCAAUCGGGCCAAUCGCUGGGGGUUUUAUGGCGCAGUAUACUACCUGGAGGUGGACUUUCUGGGCCACCUCUGCUGCUUCUGCCGCCAUCCAAAUUGCGGCAGUAUUCUUCCUUCAAGAGUCGUUUGCCCCAAAAAUCCUACAACAACGCGCUGCGAAGCUACGCAAGGAAACGGAUGGUCAGGACUUCUGUACCGAAUUUGACAAUGACUAUAGGCUUGCAAGGGUACUCACCAAUGCCAUUGUUCGGCCAUUUCGUUUCAUUCUCACGCAGCCAAUCGUCCAAGUAAUGGCACUUUAUCAGUCCUACCUGAACGGUGUCGUCUAUUUGAUGCUUUCUACAUUUCCGCGCCUCUGGAGAGACACCUAUGGCCAGAGCAUUAGUACCAGUGGCUUGAAUUAUAUCUCUUUCGGCAUUGGUCUCUUUCUUGGUGCCCAGAUAGCCGUCCCAUUUCACAACGCAGUCUAUGCGUAUCUCAAGAAGAAAAAUAAUGGACGUGAAAAACCCGAGUUUCGCGUUCCGGUUAUCUUUGUCGGUGCGGCAUUAGUUCCGAUUGGGCUUUUCUGGUAUGGCUGGAGCGCACAGGAACGAAGUCACUGGGUCAUGCCGAAUAUUGGGGCAGGUAUAUAUGCGGCUGGAACGAUCAUUUGUUUUCAAUCCACGCAGGCAUACAUCUUUGAUGCAUACACAAAAUAUGCUGCAAGUGCAACAGCUGCUACUAUGGUCUUACGCUCCCUGGCUGGGUUUGGAUUCCCGCUUUUUGCACCAGUCAUGUAUAGGAAUCGGUGUUCCAGCGCCGAUUUUAUUUUGGAUAUAUGGUGA